AUGGGAAAACGAAAGAAGUCAUCACGGAAGCCGAUUGGCCCGAAAAAGUCCGACCCAUUGCCAACAACGUUUACCUGCCUGUUUUGCAACCACGAAAAGUCUGUCAGUGUCAAACUAGAUAGGAAAGCAGGCGUAGGAGAAUUAGAUUGCCGGAUCUGUGGCCAAAAGUUUCAGUGUGCCGUCAAUUACCUCUCUGCUGCUGUCGAUGUUUAUGGAGAAUGGGUAGAUGCGGCUGAUGCGGUUGCGAAAACGGUUCACGCCGAUGUUGCUUCUGGGAAUACUACGAAGAGUCUAAAGAACUAA